AUGGAGGCUGGAGGCAAAGACGCCGAGGAGGACACGCUGCAGACGGCCUUCAAGAAGCUGAGGGUGGACGCCGAGAGCUGCAUGAGGAAAACCUCGCGGGGGGCGUCCCGUAGCCAGCGGCGCCGGAGGUCCAAGUCCCCCAUCCUGCACCCGCCCAAGUUCAGCUACUGCGGGCGCGGCCCGCCGCUGGCGCCCCCUGGUGGCGGCGGCGGCGGCGUCCUGCCGGAGCCCCGCCCCCCGGCGGAGGAGCCCCGGACGCCGGCGGCGCCCGCCGAUCACACACGCCUUUUGGGACAGACGCCGCCGCCCGUGUUCGGCGAGGGAACGGAGGCGGCGGACUUCAGAGCUCUUUCCGAACUCCCCGUGCGUUGCAAAUGCGCCCGGAAGGCGGCGCCCGUAUCCCGUGACGACGACGGCGAGCAAACGGCGAGCGUUACGGCGCCCGUUACGGCGUGCGUCUGCAGCUCCCGGCGCCGCGGGUGGGACGGCGUGGAGGUGUACUCCUUCACCGGGCUGCGCGGCGUCAUCUCCGAGUGCGAGCGCGGCCUGCCGGGCCCCGUGGGGGCGGCCAGGACUGGGGGCGGGGCCUCGGCGGCGCCAGGGGGCGUGGCCUCGGCGGGAGGGGGCGUGGCCCCGGCCGGCUCGCCGCGGUCCUGCUCGGAGCAGGCGCGCGCCUACGUGGACGACAUCACGAUAGAGGACCUUUCGGGCUACAUGGAGUUCUAUCUGUACAUCCCCAAGAAGAUGUCCCACAUGGCCGAGAUGAUGUACACCUAA